UUAAGUUACGUCACUAACUUCAUUUCGUUACAUGAUUAUUUUUGUAAUUUCGACAUGUUGUGAUGUCGAAAUAAGCCCGUUUUAGCAAAUUUACCUUAUUAAUUUCGUCUUCAGCAGGUAUUGUAAUGGCGAAACGAACCGUAUAAUGUGAAUGUGUGUUUUUAGCGAAACGAAAAUCGCCUAGCCUAGUUUGCGUGUGGAAGAAGUUAAGAAUUGUAGAAAAAUGGCCCUUAAUAAUUUGUUGAAAACCAGCGUAACAUUAUCCAAGGUUUUAAAGGUCAAUUUUAUUCAAAAUGCUGCCAGGAUAUUCUCCGCAGGACAACCAGCUUUGAACAAAAAAGAAGUAACUAUUACAUUCGUAAAAUCUAACGGCGACCGGAUUAAAACGACAGGAAAAAUCGGCGACAGCCUACUCGAUGUUGUAGUCAACAACAACAUAGAUCUAGACGGCUUCGGCGCCUGUGAGGGCACCCUUACUUGCUCAACCUGCCAUUUGAUAUUCAAGCCGGAAGACUUCGAGGCCCUGCCGUGUAAGGCCUGCGACGAGGAAUUGGAUAUGCUCGAUUUGGCUUACGAUUUGAGCGAUACAUCCAGAUUAGGUUGUCAAAUUAUUCUCAACGAGAAAAUGGACGGUUUGGAAGUCAAAGUUCCGGCUACAAUUAACGAUGCUAGAAGUUAAUUGACUACACUGUAAAUAGUUCAUUAGGACUAAAAGUAAAUUGAUAUUUUUUUAAUGUUUACGUUGUUACGACUUUUAUGCGACUUAUAGUGAUAUAUUUACGAAUUGAAUUUUAAGUCUGUAUCUUCUAUUUUUUGUUAGUUACCAAGCCAAUUUAAUGCUAAUAUAUUAUAUGAAAGUA